AUGGAAAUGAAGAAGGUAGAAAGACCCCGGCCCAUAUUCGACAGAGGAGGUUUGGACAAGUCCAAAUACUGUGCAUUUCAUGACGGACCGGGUCAUACUACUGACCAAUGUUGGGAUCUCCGAGAUGUUGUGGAGAAAUUUGUUCGAGAUGGAAGGUUACGCCAAUACGUGAUCAAAACCCAGGGUUCCAAAAAUAACAAAAGAAAGUCGGGAAACAAAAAUAGAAGUAAAAGCUCGGUCCCUGAAAAGAAAAACAAGGAGGAACGGAAUCAGAAUAAUGAUUCUAACCAUGAUGAGUUCUCGGAAGCAGAAUUUGAUUGCAAUGUAAUUAGUGGAGCCCUGGGAGGAGGAGGAGGAGGAGGAGACACAGUAAGUGCCAGAAGAAAGUAUUUGAAAGAAGUACUCUCUAUCCGAGACCGUCCUAAAUUCAAGGAAGACCUGAGCAAACCAGACUCUCCCUUUUUGUACUUCACAAAAGAUGAUAUGCAUGUUGUGUUGCCGGGAGAUGUAGAUGGGUUAGUCAUUGUUGGAACCUUGGUAAAUUGCCGGGUUAAGAAUAUUUUCGUGGAUGCAGGGAGUAGUGCCGACAUCAUACUCUGGGACGCUUUCAAAAAGAUGAACCUGGAUAAGGAGGACCUCAAACCCUGCAAAAUGACUUUGAUAGCUUUUAAUGGAGAGCAUACACCUCCUAAAGGCUACAUAGACCUCAGGUUGACCUUGGGAACAAAAGAAGCAUUCAAAUCAGAACGGGUCAGAUUCAUAGUGGCUGAUUUCCUAUCCGAAUAUAAUAUAAUUCUGGGAAGACCAACCAUACACUAG